UGUGCGCAGCAGCCGCUCUAUAAAAACCCAUCGUAUCCUUACCCGUUCUCUUGUUUCGCGAUGGUGCGCCGGAGUGUCGUGAUCGGGACGUGUAUGAAAACAAGCAUGUGGCCACAGGAAGGUGGCUGAAUGAAUGUGAAUGCAUGAACUCCAAACGAAGACUCCUGAGCUGCUAUAAAACGCGAGCGUGAUAUCCUACACCGUCUUGAUCCAAAUGACUGCUUCUGUUCAAUCGUCCUGUCCAGAGGUUUUCCAGGACAUCAGGCCUUUUUCUUUAUGGCGGAGCAGUAUAUGAAUGAAGGAACCAGUCGAACGGACCACUGGCAUCAUUUUAGUGCAGGAAAGGCGUUAAAAGGAAAUGAAAAUGAAAAUGCUUUCCAGCAAUUUAGUAGAGACAACGUUACAAUGAUACUAUAAUGCUUUUGUGGAACCGUACAUGUUAUAAUAUUGUUGUUUUUGAAGACAUUCAAACUGUAUAUUGUCUAGCAAGAAACUCAAAUUUUUGCUUGUACGGCAUUAUAAAAUGUUGGCGCUUUUUCUGUAAAGCUUAAAGCAUUGUAUUAAAAUUGAAUGCAAAACUCAUGUGUAUUAUGGGAUUUAUGUAGGUGAAUAUGCUAUGUGAGCUCUCUUGAGUAUUGUUUGUGUUCCUGGUAGGGAUGUAACGAUUCACUCAGCUCACGAUGCGAGUCACGAUUCUGAUCUCACGAUGCGAUUUAUUGACGAUUUACUCACGAUUUUAUUUUUACAAAAUGAGUUGAAACAAAUUAGAAAUGAACAACUUCCCUUGCAUUAUUUCUUAAAAGCUUCACGUUUCUUUGUAUAAUAAAAUGUUUUAUUUCAAGUAAAACUAAACUGCAAUUUUAUAACAAAUUAAAAAUAGAAAUAGUCUCUUUAAUAUAAACAAACUAAUACUGUCUGAGCUAUUCUUGGAUUUUUUGCAUUUAAGAAAUAUCAGCAUGUCCACGUUUAGAUUUGCAGUGAAAAUAGCGGCCCCUGCCGUUCAAAAAAUGUAUUGCGAUUCAGUUCACACCUCAACCGAUUUGAAUCGUAACCGAUUUCCAACCGGCUCACGGUGAAUCGUUAUAUCCCUAGUUCCUGGGUUUUUUUUAGACAAAACAUUUUCAUGUUGCAGAGGGCAACAUGGUGAUCUAAAACAUGAUCUUUUUGAGUUAUGUAUUGCUUGAAAAACAAAAUAAGCUUUGAGGAAAAGUAGGUUCCAAUUUUUUUAUUUCUUUAAUUGUCUUGAUUGCACUAGAAAUGCUCUUUAAAAAUUGACUGAGCUUUUCCCUUUUAGGGGUAUGGGCUAACAUUGCUGAAGUCGUCUUGUAUUAUGCCUUAUGAGUUGAUUUGCUUUGCUUUGGUUUCCUUACUUCGAUUUGAAUAAAAGGCUGGCAAAUUUUUUUUAAAGGAAUUUCCACCAGUCCUGCAUAACCUGAACCGUAAGCAAAUAUGUGGCAGAUAAUGUGUAUUUUAGGUACUUACCAAAACGCUUGAAAGUGAAAGUAACUGUCCAUUACCAUGUGAAUGUCAACCUUACCAAUGGUUUUCACCAUACUGAUCGCUCAUGUCAAUAUUUGUUUUUAGAUUUUUUUUUCAUUUUUUACUGCAUGAUUGUCCAUAAUGCUGCUGUAAUUUUAAAAACUGGUAUACUAAAUUGCUAUUCUUAAAGUCUGUUAAAUUGGCUACUUGAUUAACUAUAAUUGUAUAUAAGUAGUGCAGAUGUCCAACUCCAGAUACUGAAGUAUAGUGGAACAAGUUCAGGUAUACUUCAGGUACAUAUUGCAAAUAUUUAGUAAUAAAACAUUUUGGGCUAAAUAGUAAGAAAUGUGCAUUGUGUACAAGUAAUAUCUCAAUUGAAGUUUAAUUAUAGUUUUAUAGCAGUAAGCCUUGAGCAAUAUGUCAGUAAAUGUGAACACACAUAUAUACUUUUUAUGAAAAGAAAUGCAUUUGAAAUGUAUUGCUUUUUUACUAUGCUGUAUAGCUGCCAUUCCAUCGUGUGUACAAGUGCCUUGCUGUUGCAAUUUUUAGUGAAGGGUUUAGAUUGCUUUGGUGAUUCCAGAGAAUACAGUAAAUGUAUGUUUAUAUGUGAUAAAUACUUUUGUCACAAAUAUGACUUUAGAAACACAAGAGUUUUUCUGUAAAGGAGAUGUUUCAAUUGUUGAUUUUCUGGUUCUCACUUUUUUCAGGGGUUUAGAAAAAUAUCACAUUUUGAAUGCAAAUGUCACAUCAGUAACUCCGUCACAUUCGUAUAUUUUAUUCAAAUUCAUUAUCUACUACCUGUAUAUGUUCCUGUGAUCAAAGCAGUGAAUCUUUUUUUAAAAUAAGGAGUAAUGCAGUUAACUGCAGUUAUGUUGGUCCAUGGUUGCUAAUGCUAAUAGGACAGACUUGAAAUGACAUGCUGUCAACGUAAAGUAUUUUCUACCUUUGUUACCAAAAUUUGUGUCGCCUUGAAAAUACACAACACCAGGAGAGCUGGUGUUCUCAGUACAAGUUAUGUAUUAUAUCUGGAUGUGCACGAAAUGUAAAUAAAUAAAACCACACACCUCAGAUUCCUUCAAAUCAUGUGACCGGUUGAAAUGAUGUUACAGGAAAUUCCAGAGGCGUCCUCUUCAUUUUCAUUCAUCUAUGUAACUCAUAUCUUCUUUCAGCCGUUUCACACAGAUGAGGCUUUCUGUGACAACUCCACAACAGUUUACAGACAUGCUGCAUCAUGACUAGUGUUUACAAAAUGAACUCAGGAACGCUGCUGUCAUCAAGACUGCUUUCCUUGCUUAAAAAUGGACAAUGGGAAAGGGAUGAUGUUGUUAAAUUGUUCAUAGCCCUUGUGAAACAGUUUGAUGACAGAAAGGAGGAUUUCGACACAUGGAUAAUGAAAAUCCUUUAUAAAGUGGAGAUUUACAAAAUCAAAGCAUCAGAUUUUACUUAUCCGAAUGGUGAUCAGUUUGUGGAUCAUGUUGAUGCCAAAAUUAAAGACAUUAUUGAAAAUAAUGACGCGAGAACACUCGACGAGAUCAUUUGUGAAAUAUGUGAACAAACAAAUAUUGAUAAACAAGUUAUGGCUGAAGUCAAAGACAUUGUUUCAUUUGUGUCCGAACGUCUGUCAUGUUCCACCUUAACACACUUAAAAGAAAUAAAGAAAAAGUUGUUUACGCUUUGCGAAGCAGUUCAAAAGACAAAGAAAAUGAUUCCUCGACUGACUCAGAUGGUGAGCUGGUGCCUUCUUGUUCUUUCUAAGUCGAGUCACCUUGUUCAGGUUGGAACAGGAAAGGGAAAGUCUUGCAUUGUGGCCAUGUUUGCUGCAUAUCAGGCAUUGGAAGGAAAAACUCCAGACGUCAUCUCAAGCUCUCCUGUACUUGCUGAAAAAGAUGCAAAGGAAUGGUCCGGCUUUUAUAAGGAACUGAAAAUCACUGUUGAUGUCAACACCAACAAAUCUAAAGACAAGGACCUAAAGAAGUGUUAUGAAUGCCAGGUGGUUUAUGGUACGACUGAGAGUUUUGCAGGCGAUUAUCUGAGACAGUGCUUUCAUAGAUUGGAUGUGAGACCUGAGAGAGAGUUUCAUUGUGUGAUAGUGGAUGAAGUGGACUCUCUCAUGUUGGACAAAGGUCUUGAGGUGGUCUUCUUAAACACUGAGGUGCCUCUCAUGGAACAAUUGAAUGGAAUACUGGCUGAAAUCUGGCAUACUGUCAGCCAGCUAAAACGCUUGGACACUGGAGAGAUUUUAGGUCCCAUUCAGCAGUUCUCUAAGAUUUUGAUUGAAAGCUUCCCUGAAAGCGAUAAAAUUGAUCACCUCAGUUUAGUGCAAUUGGCUGUGAAUGCUGGAAUUCUUCCUACAACAUCCUCUAUACAGAAGCAGGAAAAUCUAAAGAAUAUGUUGGAACAGCUAGAAAACGCAAGUGUUAAACAGAUGGAGGCAUUUUUAUCCAUAUUUGCGGAAAACUUCCCUCAAUAUGUCUUUAAAUUGUACCUCCAAGGGCCUGAUGGAAAUGUACAAAAACAGAAUGAGAUCAGUUUGUCAGGUACAAAUACGAGACAAGAAAUAUCUUUUCUUUUCCUAGAAUCUGGACAAUGCCGUUGUGUACUUUGAGGAGGACCUUAUAGGUUCAUUGGUGAGGAUUUUCAAGAAAAGACAUCUGUCUGCAAAAAAACAAAAUGGGUCUUGUAUCCCAGGCCUCCAUGACCUUAUUGAUGGCAAACUUCAAACUUGGAUAGAAAAUGCUCUGAAGGCCACAAAAAUAGUUCUUGGCCAUGAAUACAUCCUUCAUGGAGAUGGAGUUGUUCCUGUAGAUUACAUGUGUACUGGUGUCGUGCAGAACAACAUGGUAUGGGGGGAUGGACUUCAGCAGUUCCUUGAGAUGAAACACCAAACUAAGCUGUCCAACAUGAGUCUAAUAACAAAUUUCAUGUCUAAUGUGGGAUUAUUCAAGAGAUACAACAACCACAUUUUUGGGAUUACAGGUACCUUGGGGGACCAAACAGAGCUAGACAUGCUGAAGAAGCUCUACGAUGGGAUUGAAACUUGUCAAAUUCCCUCAUUUAAACGUAGGAAACUUUAUGAAUUGGAAGGAUUGGUAAUCCCGAAGAGGAGGAAUGGGUCCAGAAGGUCUGCAAAGCUGUCAAGGAACAAGUGUCCUCCACAGUCUAUCGAGGCCCAAGAGCAGCACUGGUUAUCUGUGAAACAAUCAAUCGUGCAAUGGUUUUGCACAGUGCUCUUGUCGACACCACCUUCAACGGAAAACUAAAGCUCUAUGUAAACAACAACAUGGAUAACUCUACGAUAGUAGAUAGAACAGUUCAAGAGGGUGAUGUCAUUAUUGCAACUAAUCUUGCAGGUCGAGGUACAGAUUUAAAGGUCUGUGAGAGCGUUAAUAAAGCAGGAGGUCUGUUUGUUGUGCAAACCUUCUUGCCCUGAAUGUCCGUGUAGAACAGCAAGCCUUUGGGCGAACUGGACGCCAAGGGAGUCCAGGAUCCGCUCAACUCAUAAUGUGCUGCAGUCAUUUCUCUGAAUCUGUCAAACUAAUAAUGGGCUUAAACACAUCUUUCAACAGCUUAUUUAGCUGUCUGGAUGGUCUAGCAACUAUCUUGUGUUGUGUUACAGAGAGUCUGUUUGAGAAAGCUCUUAGUUGCUACCAAGAAAACCCCAGUUCUCUACACCAUAAGAAUAUGAUCUCUGCCCUAACAGCCCUAUUAACCCUGAAUUCAUUCGCAUUCGUGACAAGUAAUCUGGAUCAGGCAAAAGUUGCCAGAAAUAUUGUGGUAAAUUUCAGACUCUCGCAUUUUCUAGAAGAAGACAUUGCAAAAAUUACAAAAAAGGAAGAGCUUUUCUCCGUCUACCUUGACGUUCUAGACAACAUUUAUGAGAAAAAUUAUUUUUCUGAGCAGCGUGAUGUCAUUGUGUCCUCUCUUCAUGAGUGCUGGGGUCUGUGGCUCAUGAUGAAUUUCAGUGAGGAAAAAUCCAUUGACACAUUGAAGCAGCAGUUGAUGGUGGACAUGUUAAAUGCAAUGGAAAAACUUUUGAGUGAACAAACCCCCUCCUCUAUGGUCUACUAUUACAUCAGGUCUGGAAACAAACUUCGUCAGAAUGGACACCUUGCAGAGAGCAUGGAGAUGUACACCAAAGCAGUGGAGGAUGGCGAUUGUGGAGAGAUUAUCCCACAGUAUAAUCGUGCAUUGGCAACUAUUGCUAAGAAAGAUGCUGGCUAUAUUGCUCAAGCAUUGGCUGACCUGGAAAAGGCUGACAAAGCAAUAGAUUCAUAUAAGUUAUACAUGGCCAAUUUUCAAACUUUUGUGAUGUCAAGCCAAGAGCCAAAAGGGCAAGACGGUACAUUGUUUACCAAACAGUUUCAAGUGAAGGCUAUGGUUCUGGAUCUUCUCAGAAUGAACAUUCAAGAUGCUGUGAUGAAGCUGAGGAGGGCUGAAAGGACAGGAAGAGAUGUGAGGCUGACCACAAAACACCACAUUUUUCUGAUAGAACACAGUCCAAUCUGUUUUACUAGAGUUCUGACACAACUGGUAAUGGAACUUGUAAAUGUCACAUCACUGGGUCUUGACACAAUUUUCUCUCUGGAUACUCAAUUUUCUCUCAGUGGCUUUUUGUCAAAAAUGUUGUAUAAUAGAUGAUAGUAUAUUUUAAUGCAAUAUCGCUCAAGUAUAGUAUGGCUCUAUAUCAGCAUGGCUGUAAAUAGGCCAGAGCAGCGACUGCAAGAGCAAUAUUGCAUUUAUACAGUUUUAUACCAACGUGUUUAUGUGUAUACCGCCAUCUAUUGUAACAGUAGCAAGUUGACACAGCAAUUUCUGUUAUGUGAAAUGCGUCUCAAGACCCUUGUUUAAAAACGAUCACUUUUAAAGUGAUUCCUAAAUGCCGUGUCUUGCUCUAAGAGACACUGCCAAAUGUACGUAUGUUUUACUUUCAGUUUCAUAAGUGCGACUUAGUGGUGGAGUGAAUAUUAGUGGUGGAGUGAAUAUCGCAUGACUCUAAGCCAAUCAGAUUCGAGAACCAGAAAGAGUGUUGAAAUUACUGGCAUAUACAGUAUACUGUAUUGUGUACACUUUGCGAGAGACCCUUAACCUUCAGAACUUAAGAACUGUGUGUUUUAGCAUCACUAAAUUCAUUAGAGAUUAUGGUUCAUAUUAAUAGGCAUCACACACAUCAAGAUUUGCCUUAUGAUCACUUGCACUGUGUUGCUUUUGUCACAUUACAAAAACUCUAUAUUAUAGAGCAGAACUUCUCAAAGUCCGGACUACCGUCCGGAACCGUACCCAGAGAGGAUUCAAUCCGGACCUGCCUCCAUUUCGUAUUUCAAGUGCAUUUAUUGUAUGUGUGAUGGAUAAUAAAUGCGCCUUUCCUAGUUUAAAGAACACAUGUUAAACGUGUAAAUCAUCUAUUUAGCCUUAACGAAGAAAAUAGAGUUUUCAAAGAUGACGGGACAUAGAGGUAUGUGUUCAUUUUGUCCCCAAUCCAGCACAAAGCUAUUCUGUUUGAUUUGUUACAAGACAGCUGGAGUUGUCAAGAGUGGAAAUGUCAAACACCACUAUUAAAUGUGACACUAAAAAAUGCUGACACUUUAAUUCAUUGUUUUGCCACUUGUGCACUUGUUAUUAAUGUGUUUUGAAUGCAAA